GCUGAGAUCUGUAACACCAAGGUACUCUAUUUUAGAUCAUUUAGCUACUGCAUUCCCACAAGCAAGAGAUUUCACGAGAUGAAGUUGUUAGUAACGCUGAUGUUUCUGGGAGCACUGUGCAUGUGUUUCGCUGAAGCAGAGAAAAUAGAAUGUGGAACCAAAGGCAAAGGAAUUGAAAGAAUUGUAGGUGGAAAGGACGUAACUACAAAAGGUCAAUGGCCAUGGCAGAUAUCGAUAAAACGUAGUAAGGGUGGUCAUUUUUGCGGUGGAAGUAUUAUCAAGCCUAACUGGAUUGUCACUGCUGCUCAUUGUUUCAAAAAAGGAGCCAGACCAGCCGAUUACAAAGUCACCGCCGGUGAGCUUAACCUCGCGAAAAAGGAUGGUGACGAGCAAGUAAUGGACAUCGAAAAGAUCAUCAAGCAUCCAAACUACGAUGAAUCGAAAUCCCCUAAAUUUGAUUAUGACAUCACACUACUGAAACUGAAAAAGAACAUUAAUUUCAACGACAAGGUCCGACCAAUUUGCCUUCCAAAAAAGCGUUUUCCGGAUGGAGAAAAUUGUUAUGUUACUGGUUGGGGAUACCUUAAGGAGUUCAACAAAAAAAUACACAAAAAGCCGGAGAGAUCCCCUAUUCUUCAACAGCUCGAACUUCCCCUGGUUUCUGAUAAGGAGUGUGGAAAAAGACACCGACUGACAUCACGCAUGAUCUGUGCCGGCGGGACGGAAGGUGAAGACUCAUGUCAGGGCGACAGUGGUGGACCGCUGACCUGUAAGAACAAAUCUGGUAUCUGGGACCUGGCUGGAGUUGUGAGCUUUGGAAGAGGUUGCGCUCGCAAGAAUGAAUAUGGUGUGUAUUCCAACGUGGCUGAGCUCAAAGGAUGGGUCGAAGAUCAAAUCAAAAAAAAUUAGUGUUCUUGCUCCAAAUAAACAAUUAUAAUGAAUAAAUGAAUAAACUGUU